AUGGCAUUCUUCAGUCGACAGUUCUCUCCUUCUCCGGUCCUGACCGUACCAGCCCAAUCUCCCCACCAGGGACCGUUUGGCAUGGCAGGCUUCCCACGCCCUCCAGCCCCAGCGUCUGCAUCGUUUGGCGGCUUUUCCAACUCCCUUGCGCCAUUCCAGACCAGCACUUCAACGAGCAGAAAGCGCUCACGCGACGAGGCUGCCAGCAACCUUGAGCCUGACAUUGUUUCCCCCAAGCCCGAAGAACCUGAAGAGGUAUGGGAGUAUGGCCCAGGGAUGACCCUUAUCAAAUCCACCAAGACCUACGUUGCCGAAGCUGGUAGUCAGUCCGGCACCUGGUUGGAGGAGAAGAAGGCAUCCGAGGACCAGACGCGCAUUCAAGCCGAAUUGGACAGAAAGCAGCUUGCCCCACGAAGCAGCAAGCUCCAACGCGUCGUUGUGUCCAAUAGCCACGACUCCCCUUCCCUGUCAACAGCUGGCCCUACCAGCGUUAAACGUGACGCUGCGCAGACUGGCGUUGGUGACAACAAAACUCCCAUCAUUGACGACUUCACUUUGCACCUCGGCAUUGGCUGGAGACAGUUGAGCAAAGAUGAGCACAUCCAGGCUGCUGCCAGAGGUUGGGCGCGUUACAUUGAAAACCACUACCCCAUCACCAAUGCGCACAUCCGUCUUGAGAGCCGGGGUCUCCAGUCCUACCUCGUUGAGUCUUCCGAGGGCUUUUUCCUCUUUUCCGAGGAUCUUCGUCAAGGUCAACUUGUCAGCACCACUGUAGAUGGAGCGCUCAAAAAUCUUGGAACCUCGCCUCCUACGUUUGAUGGCUGCAUCACUCUAAGUGCUGCCGACUCGCCGUCUCCCACCUCGGCGCACCAUCUCCCUUCUGCAAUGGAUGCUGAAAUGGUCAUGAACUAA